AUGUCCUUGGCUCAGAGAGUACUCCUCACCUGGCUUUUCACAUUACUCUUCCUGAUCAUGUUGGUGUUGAAACUGGAUGAGAAGGCCCCUUGGAACUGGUUCCUCGUAUUUAUUCCCGUCUGGAUAUUUGACGCUAUCCUUCUCGUCAUGCUGAUUGUGAAAAUGGCUGGACGGUGUAAGUCUGGCUUUGACCCCCGGCAUGGGUUGCAGAAUAGUGAAAAGAAAGCCUGGUACCUCACUGCGAUGUUACUCAAGUUAGCCUUCUGCCUCGCACUGUGUGCUAAACUGGAACAGUUUACUACCAUGAAUCUUUCCUACGUCUUCAUUCCUUUAUGGGCCUUACUGGCUGGCGCUUUGACAGAACUUCGAGAUAAUGUCUUUUUUGUGAGAGACUGACUUCCGAGUACAUUGUCUCAUUUCUGUUGCUGCUCAACAAGCUAUUCAGCGUUCUGAUUCUUUGGAAGUUUCAAGAAUUACAGAGAACUGAGG